AUGAUGACGUCCAGCGCCCGUCCAGCGCCGUCCACGGGCGAAGAAGCGACGAUCGUCUUGUCUGGUGUGGGCUCAGAUGUCUCAGAUGCGAUGCUCGUGAACAUGUACCGCACUUACGGUCCCAUCACCCGCGUGAAACACAAUGGCACCAACUCGGCUCAUGUGGUCUUUGCACAGAAACGACAUGCUGUGAACGCUGUGAAGGCGACCAAUGGAGCAGUAGUGUAUGGCAAAAUGCUCAAGGUUUCGCUCCAGCGUCCGUUCCAAAAGACGACCGAGCCGUGUCGUGGCUUUGCAAACGGGACUUGUCGGAGGGGUGACAUGUGCAAAUACUACCACGUGACGGAUGAUGCAUCUUUUGCUCCGACUGCACAUCCUGUUGUUGCAACAAAAAGGCUGCAAAAGCCAACGACGCAGUGUAACAGUGAGAACUGUAGAGGCUGA